AUGAAGUACAUCAGCAUCGCUGCUAUGGGCAUGAUGGGCUGCGCCCUCGCCCUUCCCCAGGGUCCUUCUCCUUUCGGCACCCUGCCCCAGGGUGCCCCGCCUUUCGCUGGCGCCCCCAGUGAUGCGCCCAUCCCCAGCGAAACUGCCACCGGCACUCCUACCGGCAUUCCCUCUGGCCUGCCCUUUGACAAGCGCCAGUUCCAUUCUGGACCCGGUCAUCAAGGUCCUCCCCCCGACGGACCUGCUCCUAGCGGCUCCCCAACUCCGACUGGUCCUCCUCCCUCGGGCUUCUCGAGUGGUUUCCCCACUGACUUCCCUGCACCCACCGGUCUCCCCUUCGACAAGCGCCAGUUACACUCGGGACCCGGCCAACAAGGGCCUCCCCACAACGGACCUGCUCCCAGCAGCUUCCUGACUUCCACUGGCACUCUUCCCUCGGGCUUCCCAAGCGGCAUUCCCAGUGGCUUCCCCACUGACUUUCCCGCUCCCACCGGCUCCCCUCAGUAA